UUGGAAAUAUUCUUGAAGAAAGUCCCGCGCCAAAAGAGAGACCAUACUCUUCGCUGACUGACGAUGGCUCAUGAUCAAGCUUCCAAAACCUUGUCGUCCGUUAACGUCGCAUCUUCACCUUUGAAACCGUCCGCCAUGGAAGCUUGCCGCAACGAAACUUUGCCGUCUAUCGACGUCGUCGCAUCUUCACCUUUGAAACCGUCCGCCAUGGAAGCUUGCGGCAACGAAACCUCGACGUCCAUCAACGUUGCAUCUUCUUCACCUUUGAAACCGUCCGCCAUGGAAGCUUGCGGCAACGAAACCUCGACGUCCAUCAACGUUGCAUCUUCUUCACCUUUGAAACCGCCAACGACUACUGAAUCAACUCGUGUUUUCAAUCAGACACCGGAGAAACAGCCGUUUAAUCUGAAGAAUCAAGAUCUAGUUCAAACCCAAAGCUCUCCUUCAAGACACUCCCUAGCGGUACCAUUACUCAGUUCAGUGUCGCAAGGCACUUCCAAGGAUGGGGGAAUCCAAAUCAUAACUGAGCAAGAUCCGAGAGUUCCUACGGUGAAUAUGCCAGCUCAAGUAACACCGUGGUCUGUUUACGUAAAAAGGUGCCAUGAAAUGAUACUAUUUUUAACGGCGUCUGCUUUGGCUUUCUUGCCAAUUCGUUAUAUGAUUCAUGAAUACACAAAGUGCGGCAGCAUCCUUUGUGUCCAACAUUACGUAGAAGGGGUUCAUACUUUACUGGGAGAUUUCAAGAAGCUUGAUCCUUUUAUUUUAUUUGCCUUGGCCUACGCUGGGUUCUACAUCUUGUCUUCGGGUUCCUUCUCACCCCCCACUGUGCGGAUUUUUGAGGCAGCGUCAAUAUUAUUGGGUUUCGGCAUGGUCUUUGUUUUGAUAUACUAUAUAUCAAUCAUUACUUUUUACGUAGGUCUGGCUUCAUUUGUUGUUUUAGUAGUAGCCGCUACGUUCCGUGAGGUCCUCCGUGCAUGAGAAGAAAUUUAAACUUUGAUGUUUAUGUGAUGUGAUGUUUUUUUUACAAGUUAAUGUCAGCAACAACAAAACGAUGUGUAUGUUUUCUUUUAAUACUUUCAGAUGAAUUUAAUAGCAUCUGUGUUUUAAAAAUCAUAAAUUGAGUAAUAGAAUUCAAAUAACAAUGGACAUAUUAUAUAGUUAUGAGAUACACAAUCUAAUAAAGACUCGGUACAAGAGUGUUCUAAGUCCAAUCACGCAAACACAAAGGAUAAUAAUAGAAUUCUUCUUCUUAGUACUCUUCACCUUUGUCAUCCUCAUCGUCCCCACCUUCAGCACCAACCUCCUCAUAUUCCUUCUCCAAAUUAAGCUGCAAGAUACUCACGAGCCUCAGAGAAUUCUCCUUACCAGUGAACGAAAGCAAGAUAGAACUUGAGAUCAAUUCUUGAGAAGACCUCAGCAGCACUUGUGGAGUUGGAGAUCAUACACACAGCUCUCUGCUCAUAAGCAAGAUCACCUCCUGGAACAACAACAGUUUAUGGCUGGUACUUUUAAACCGCACUUGAACGAUCCAUAUUACACAAGUCAACAAACUGGAUGGUACGCUUGAUCUUGAUACAGCUGCGUUCACGUCUGCGGGGACGACAGUUCGUCCAGACUAUAAGCAACAUUGAACAUACCAUAUGUUCAACAUUGAAACCUUAGGACUACCCAUUAUUGCUUAAAAUGAGCUCCAGUUGGAAGUUCGUUUGUUCUAGUUUAUGACUAACAAGUUCCAUAACAACAUAAUUUCAAAUGAACGAACACUAGGAGAAUGAGAAUCCAUAUCAGUGUUUUAUUGUUAGACGCUAAGUAAAUAGAUAGCAAUCAAUAUAUGUUAGACUAUGUUAACAUCUAAAGUUAGACAGCUUCUUCAACAACUUGGCUAUUAGCAGUUACUCAAUGGCGUAACACAAUAUAUUAUUUUGAUGGCAGACGGAUCCAGUCAACAUUAAAAGAAUAGUACAAUACAAGAACAACAUCCUCAAUGUUUUGGUUUAACAAGGCCAGCAACAAGGUUCGCAAUGUGGUUUUGGUCGCCUCGCCAACAUCACAUGCAUCCGUUUCAAGUGAGCCACCAUGGCCUGUCUCUCUGUCAUUCUUCUCUUUGGCCUCCUUUUCUUUUUGCUUUUUCUCUGCUCUCACACGUGACAGAUCAGCUGCGGUUAGGCCUCCGCCAAAAGUAUAUACAUUUCUUGAAUACGUGACCGUCUUGGAGUAUCCGAUCAAGGUUGUCCACAGCCUCGUCCUCGACUUCAUCAUCCCAGGCCAGGUCGUCAGGGGGUGAUUAAUUAGUAUCCUCUCUCAUGGAUGUUACUUCUGUCUGCGAAAUAUAUAUAUAAAAACUGAUUAGCAUCUAAAAACAGUAGAAGUUUUGGUUAAUGUAUACUCAAGCACUUACACUUUCAUGUUGAUAGAGUAAUACAAUCAGUAGCAACCUAUGCCGUCACGCAGAUGGGUGACCUACGCACGCUAACAUGGGGGUGGUCACUAACUGUUUUACCGGUUCAUAUGUGACAUCUAAUAAAGAUCUUAGACGUUAUACUCGAAGAUAACAUCCACAUAUAACCUUAUUCUCUACUAUAGAACAUUUAAGAUAUUUUGAAUUUUGACUCUUGAACAAGUGUAUUGACACAUGUUCUAUUAUCCUAUUUCUUCUUUUCAGUGUCUAUGUGACAAAAACCUGUGAAGAAGCUUACAAGACUGCAGUACCUAUAUUCUAAAUUGGCGGGAAAGCUGAGGAGAGAAGAUGAAGUGAGAUAAUAGUAUUUUAAAUAGUAUGUUCAUCUAUAUAGCUUGAAGUUAAGGGUUGUGAAUGUUAUCUCCAGAUUUUUCUUUUCUUCACAGUGGGUUUGACUCUUUGGUGUUUUUAUCUACAUUUUGACAUCUUGGCUGCUCUGCAUCCAACUCCAGCUGUUUGUGGGCUUCCAGAAGAAGAAGCCAGACUUUUGAUUAAAGAAAUAGGUGAAAUAUUGGCUGUUUGUAUUAUUUUCUUAUUUGAUGAAUUUUCGAGAAUUGCCAUUUUUCCCAUCUAUUGAUGUACUCUUGAGAAUUGAAUUGCCAAGAAGUAACAAGACUAUCAGUUUACAUUAUAACUUAUUUGAAUGUCAAAGCUACGUUUACAUGUCAUCCUUACACCAUUGAAAUUUGAUGUGACACAUGUAUCUAUUACAAACAACAUUAAAACUUUUUUUGAUUUAAACAAUAUAUUUUUAAGGUUCAAGAGUCUGAAAUAAAAUGGAAUCCCAUAUAAUAAUUUCUUUCUCGCAAUGGAGGUCGAACUCACAAUUACACACUUAUAAGAAGUCCACAAACUAAAAAAUUUAGAUGGCGAUACAUAACGUUACAAACUCACACUAGCAUAAAAGAUAAAUCUAAAAGAUAGAUGCUGAACACACCAUGGAGACAUUCAAACAAUAAAAUCAAUAGUUACACGCAAGUUUGUUUUCCCUCUAAUCAUCAAAAUUAUCUAACAAUAUAUAGUGUUCUUUAAAAAAAAACUACAUCCAUGAAAUCAGAAUAUAUAAUUAAAAACAUGUUAGUUAAUAUAUAAUAAGUUAAUUAUAUAUAUAUACACAAAAUAAAGUGUAAAAAUUAUACUAUGCUAAUU